AUGGCCAGCUCCCGCGAGCAGGGCCCUGGCAUGCGGGCUACCGCGAUACCCCAGUACUCCCGCCCAGGCAUCGGCGACGGCGGCGCCAAAGACCACUCGUCUCAUCCCGACCUCGGCACGACAUCAUCGGCUUCCAGCUCGUUUGCGCUGCCGCCUUCCGACGUCGAGACGACCAACUGGAACGCCGUCAAGAUGCUGGCCAGCAAGUACGGCAUCACCCUGAAGAGCGCGGCAGAAGUGCAGAGCUCGGCCGUUGCGCGUGCUCAGCGGGCCGAGGACCAGGGGACGCCCGACGAGGCCGCCGACACCGAGGAUCUUGGUGUCGGGACGCCCUUCGAGAUCAUAGCGACAAAGCUCGAAGGCGGGCGCUUCAUCUAUCGCUUCAAGUGGCGUGGGCGUGGCACGCCGCCGAGCCUUGCACCGGCGGGAGGGCCCUCUACAGGGAAUGGGCCGGGGCCGGGGCCGGGGCAGGAGGGAGGUGCCGACACCGAUCUCCCUUUCGUUCCGCGCUCGAUCUCGUCUGGAGCCAUCGUUGGCGGCAAGGAGUCCGCAGCGGCCGCAAGGUUUCGCAAGUCGGGAAGCUUUAUGCUCAAAAGCUCCCGCUCUAUCCCGGUGCUUCGCGGAAACCGGUCCGCCACGGGCCAGCAACAGCGCAACGUUACCGCCUCGGGAGAAACGGGCAGCGGGGAUCCGUCCUCGAGCGCCCUCUACCAGCCGAGUCGCUACCCGGCUGCUGCGGGUGCGGCACUCGGAGACCACGCGGCCCCAAAGAGCAACGCCUGGCGAGCUCUGGGUGUGAACCCGGCAGGCCCUUCAGCGCCUCCGCCCUCGUCCUUCACCAUGGCUGACAGGUCAGCACACUCGGCAGCUGGCGGCUCGGUGGCCAUGGCGCGUGCCGAGAGCACUCCGGUCAAGGGCGCCCACGCCAAGCGCAACUGGACUGGUCGCCUAGAGGAAGGCGACGUGCUCGGCGCGAUCCUCGGCCUUCGGCACGAAGCCGUCCUGACGGCUGUAGAGCCGACCGGGAUCCGACAGGCUCCAGGUGCGGGCGAGGCGCCAGGUCCGGAGCUUGCGCCAACGUGGGCCACCACCCCCGCGUUGAAGGAUAGCGAGGGGCGUUCGCCGUCGCUGUUGCACGUCCGGCCCUUUGGCAACGACAUCCUCCUGCAGCCUGAUUCGGCUCGGGCGCGGAACAGCCCCGACGCUCCGGUCCCCUCGUCUGCUCCACACCCUACACGACCUCAUCCCCUGAUCUCGAACUCACUGUUGGCGGAACACACGCUGCCGGAGCUCGACUUUGGCACAAAGUUCGCCAAGUCUCCGCGUCUUCACCAGCUGCGCGAGACGCCGUCGUCAACCUCCAUGGCCUCGGAUGCCACUGCAAAGGGAGAGACGCUGCCGGACUCGGAUGGUGGUGGCAACGAGGGCAGCCCGGCCAUGUCUCAUCCCGAAGCCGACGCCUCAGUAGAAGACGUCGGCACCGUCCUCUUCGACGUCCUGCAGGACUUUACGCGGCCAUCGCCGAGCUCUGGCGUCAACGCGCCCGGAUCUCCACGGUCGUCGCAGGGCGAUGGCUUCUCGGCACACCGUCGUUUCAACUCGGCCGAUCUGCUCACCAGCCAUGGCGCGCAGGGCAGUGUCGAGGCGCAGAAGCACUUCAUCGCCGAAGCGCAGUCGUUGCCCACCUCGGCAGCCCCUGGAGACGAUCCGCGCUUUGCGCUCUGGGCCGUCCGCGGCGACAGCGGCGAUGGCGUCCUGAUCGCCGCCGGCCGCGACGGCGACACAUCUCCGAUGCAGUCAUUGCUCCUAGCCUCGACCGGUCGCGGCUCCGCUGGCCAGAAGCGUCGAGAAAGCAGGUCGGCCUCGUCGACGUCCUCGUCUUGGAUCAUCGAGGAUGGCAGCUCCGAGCGGACCGGACGCGGCGCUCGCCAUCCGAGCAAGACGAGCGCCCGCGGUCCGCAGUCGUCGCAGCAGGGGUCCGACCUCUUUGCAGCGGGCAAGGCGGUCCUGCUUGCUGCCACGCCGGCCCGCAUCGUCGCCGAGAUCACAUCAGAGAUUGAUCAGGCCCUCCUCACCGACUUCUUCUUCACGUACCGCGAGUACCUGGCCCCGACGGACCUACUCCGGCUCCUCACGCUCCGGUUCGAUUGGGCGCUUGCAGAGCCGACCUCGGCCCAUGACGAGGCACGCCGCCGCAUCGUCCGCGUUCGGACCUAUGUGACCAUCAAGUUCUGGCUGCUGCACCACUUUGAGUACGAUUUUCUGCCUAACCGCGAGCUGCGGCAAAGGCUGGCCAGGUGGCUCAACGAUGUGAUCAAGGAUCAGAGGAUGCAGUCGAGGCCUGCGGACCUCGGCAUCAUCAAGAGCCUGCACAAGAUUGUCCGCGGCCUCAAGGCAACGUACGGCAAGAGCGGUGUUGGUGCUCUCCUCUACAACGACGCCGGGCGCGUGCACAGCGGCGGCACCGACGGAAGCCACAAAGAUGUCCAGGCCGACUUCGAUGGGAGUGCGAAGGAGGACCUCGAGCGCCACCCGAAGCAGGAGGCGGAGUCACCUCUGUCUCCAGCUGCAGACGACGUCGACCUGAGCUUUGCAGCCGAUGAGGUCGGUGAAGAAGAGGACGAGGGCGCCGACUCCUUGCCAAGCCUCACCGGGGGGUCGUACGGCAGGCAUGCAUCAGGCAGCGAGACUGUCCAGGCGAUACGAGCCGCCGCCCUCAAGGCAGCCGCCGAAUCGGUGGUGCUCUCGCCUCACAGGCAGGUCAGCGCUCGCCUCAAGCCGACCGGCGCUUCUCAGUCGCCCAACAUCGCACUACAUGGCUCCCGCCCACCGCCCUUGCCCCAUGCCAACAACACGCUGUCGAGGGUCUUUGUUCAGACCGUCGGGCGGCUGUCGCGGUUCAAGCGGGUGCUCGGCAGCCGUUCGACGUUGCUGCCCAGCAUGAACCCGGCCGAGGCCAGCCACGAGGAUCUCGAGUUCGAAGCGAAUGACUCCGGCGAUCUGCUCUUCAUCCGCGGCGGUCUGGAGAGCUUCAUGCAGUACUUUGACAUCGACAGCAACUCCAGCACCACCUCUGGGCCGUCAGCGUCGCCGGCCAACAAAUCAGUCGAGCGGCAAAGGGAGGGUGCCGAGGACGAUGACGACGACGACGACCGAGAGGGUCAGGUCUCGGAUGGAACGGCGAUGGACGAGACCCCGAGCCUGAGUGCGGCGUCGGUCGACCACUCAACGCCGGCGAGCUCAAUCGACUUGACGCCGCGCAGCAGCGACCACUCACCGUCUCGCGCGGCUGCUGCCAAGCAGGAGCUCGGCCUCGGGAUCCAGGGCGUUUCAUCCGACCUCUCGUCCGAGUUUGAAGACCUGGGCGAGACCGCGCAACCGGCGACCGGCCCCCUUGGCCUGGACUUGGGCGCAAUCGGAUCGCUCACGUCGGCCAGGCAUCUGCAGCGAGGCGCAGACAAUCUCCACCACACCACCAGCGAUCAGACCCUGCGGUCGGUCUCCCGGACCGACGAAGCAUCGGCAGCCGCGGGCAGUGUCGAGUACUCCGCCCGACGCGCUCCGUCGAGGGCCUCGAGCCGCAAAGCAGCACCGAGCAUGCGCUGGUCGGUCAAGUCGCACGUUAGCGGGCCUCGCAUCGUUCAGAUUGAUGACAUCGACCUGUCGAGCGACGAGGACGACGGAGCGGUGAGGAGGGCACUGCGUCGCCUUCCCGGCGCUCGCGACCUUCGCAUGGCCAACAACGUCCGCGAUCUCGAACCGGUCCGGCAGAGCAUCGACUCGAUGGCCUCGUCGUUUGCCCAGGUGCGGACCGUGGAAGCAUUCUCGACCUUCGGUGGCCGUCCGAUGAGCGCCGGCAGCGUCUCCCUCGCACCGCCUAGCCAGCCCGCCUUUGGCAUCGUGCAUUCCGAGAUGCUGGACCCGGACGAGGCGCUCCAAGGCUAUGAGCUCGUCAAAGGCUUUCAGCUCGACGGCUUCGACAGCGAUGACGAUGAGCCUGGCGACGUCGAGGCUGCUCUGCGUCGGCUGGAGGGCAUCAUUGAUGAAGACAAGCAGCGGGAGCGGGCAAAGAAGGUCGAGGUGCUCUGGCAGAAGUCGCUCGCUCGCAACGCUGGCGAGGGAGAAGGCGAGUCUAGCGGCGCAUCGGCACCCGCCGACAGCCUCGAUGACCACGGCGACGGCCGAUCUUCGGUGGUGAUCAAGCCGGAUCGCCGCUCGUACAGCUCUGCCGCCUCGCUGGCCGACAACGAAGCCGAAGCGCGCGCCGACACCUCUGUCUUGUCGGGCCGCUCCGCCGACGCAGACCAGGAGGAGCCGCAGGAGGAGCUGUCCGACAAGCUGGACUCGUUCCUCGACCUCGCCGAGGAUGACAGCUUCAGCGCACCUCGCGCUCGGCGCGAGUCGGCGUCCUCGAGCCUCUCGUACGACGAGCAGCGUUCACCGGCGCCGUCCCUUCGCGCAGUGCUGCCGGCCCCCGGGGCGUCGACGGAAAGCGUCAGGUCGGCAAAGACGGCAUCGCGCGCCGGGCCAUCGAAAUCUCCGGCGGCACGGUCGAGCGCCAUCGCCUCACCGUCCACGUCCGCGUCUGGCAACCAGCACGUCCGCAAGAACGCUGCUCCCACUACCACCGCCGCAGCCGCAGCCGCAAGGACGAUGCCGCCCCUUCGCAUGGCCGCCGGGCCGGGCAUCAACCCGCCGCCGGUGCAUCGCUCAUUCCUCCUCGCAUACCGGUCCGAUGUCGUCGCGAGGCAGAUGUGCCUGAUCGAGGCCGAGCUGCUGCAGGCCGUCAGCUGGGAUGAGUUGGCCGGCUCGCGCUGGAAAGAGCGCCGCUACAAGAGCGAAGUGACCGAUUGGGAGAGCUUCUACCGCGACCGCGUGCGGGACCGCCUCGAGGCGCAGAAGCACAACCGCAUCUACCGCGAGUGUGCCGUCGAGGCCAUCGUGGCGCGCUUCAACCUCACGUCGAAUUGGGUGGCGAGCGAGGUGGUGCUGACGCAGAACCUCGACGAGCGCGUGGCGGUCGUGAGCAAGCUGAUCCGCAUCGCGCUGCGGUGCUACCUCCAGUGCAACUACGCCUCGCUGGCGCAGAUCAUCUUUGGCCUCUCGACGCCGUGGGUGGAGCGGCUGCGGCGCACGUGGUCGCGCGUGGGCUACUACGAGAUGCGCAUCUGGCGCGACCUCAACUCGUUUGUCAACCCCAAGAACAACUUCCGCCACCUGCGCAACGCCAUGCACGCCAUGGCCGUCGACGCCGGCAUCGAGGAUCUCGUCACCUCGGCCGGCUCGGCAUCGUUUGCGGGCGUCUCGACGGCGGCGCACCUGGCCAAGCAGGGCUGCAUCCCCUUCUUUGGCCUCUUUGUGUCGGACCUGAUGGUCAACGACCUGCUCCCGAGCCACCUCGACCCCUCGUCGCCCGACGCUGCCCCGCACGUCGACGCCGACACGGGCCGGCUGUCUGGCCUGGCCAAGCCCGACGCAUUCGACCACCUGGCGCCGCUGCCGCCGGGCGUGGAGCUCGAGCCGCUGGUGAAUCUCUACAAGUACCGCGUUGUCUCGUCGACGAUCAAGCACGUCCUCGCCUUCCAGGAGCGCGCCAAGGCCUACAGCUUCGAGGCCGAUGCGGGCGUCUACGUAAAGUGCCUCAAGAUCCGCUGCCUUCAGGGCGAGCAGCUCGCCAAGGUCUCGCACGCCGCCGAGGCAUGA